UACAGUCCCCAUGCCUUUCAUCCAGCAAGCGCCGCCCUUCUCCCUUAUCGUAGCUUUCCGCAGCACUGGAAUAACAGUAAAUGCCAGGACUGAAGAGGAUGAAGGCCUGCUGGGUGUGGCUGCUUGCACUCACCUUCCCACCCGCUGCAUGUCCGCAAGACCCAACACCGGCACCCCUCAGAGCCGUGCUGGGGCGGGGCGAGGGCCUGGUGGGGGCGGAUGCAACCAUCGGCCGCAUGUUACUGGCGGUGGUGCAGAGCCAGAUGGACGGGUGUGACCUGGUGACGGCCUGUAACGGCGUGUACUGCAGGUCCUCGGUGCUGCAGCCCAUCCUCAGUCUCCCCAGCGCCAAGCAGGUCCUUCAAGCCGACUCUGUGGAGGACUUUCAAAGGAUCAACUGGGUCUCUGCCAAGUGCUGCGGCUACCUCAUGCUGCUGGAAGAGCCUCGGCCCCUCCUCGCGCUGGCCGCCUCCCGCCCCAACGUGUGGGACUACUCCGGCAGGUACUUGGUGCUGGGACGCUCCCUGGCCGACCUCCAGGCUUUGGCCGCCACGAGGAAGGGCAAGAAGACGGAGAACCUCGCAGGAGCCGUUAAGACCGGGGACGGUAGGGCGUGGCAGCUGUACACCGGGCAGCUGUACUGGGGACCAGGCGUGCUGGCCGUCACCACCUGGCUCGGGGACGCAUUCACCAGGCCGCCGAGGAUCUUCCCGGACAAAGUGUCGAACCUUCGCGACGCCGUGCUCAAGGCGAGGUGCCGCCCAGGCCUGGCACCCUCUGGAGGAUGCUGGCCUUAA